GCAUACUACUUGUAGUUUACCACCACACGGUCUCAUCGUUUCGACAUAGACAGGAAGUCAAACUUAAUCCAUCAAUAUUUUGAAAUGAAAACUCUGUUUCUGCUACACAUCUGUUGGCUGGAAAUCAUCACAGGAAUCAGAGGGGAACCUUCAGUGGACCAGUAUGGGUUGAAGGGGGGUUCAAUAUGUCUGGCUGUUGCAGAACCUGAGAUUCUCAAGGGACUUAAAUGGAAGACGGACAGUGAUAUAAUAGUUGAUGAUAAAGAGAUCUCUCCUAAAUACAAGGAAAAGGUGGAUUAUAACUCUGUGAACCAUUCUCUGUGUAUAAAGAAUCUGUUGAACACAGACAGUAGAAUGUACAUAAUAAGUGCAAUUAACCAGAGAGACUGGACAUAUUCAGCUACCACCUACAGACUAAAGGUGCUGGAUCAUGUUCCCAAACCAGUCAUGGAUGUCACAUCUCUCUUCAACACAAGUGUGGGACUCUGUGAUGUCACAGUGAACUGUUCAGUUAAAGAUGGCUGGAUGUUGUCUGUCUGUGGCUGGGGACAGUGUACACUGUCACAACAGUUAAUGUCUCUGUGUGAGGUCAACAUCAUCAUCAUCUCCAAUGGGAACGGGACUAUCCAAUGCUCCAGCAGCAACCACGUCAGCACACAGACCAUCUAUCAACCCAUGGAGGACUGUAUUGGUGAGAAGGACGCCAAAGCUUCAGCAUUAUCAGUCAGGACCAUUGCGGCCAAUAUUGUUCGAUCAGUGAUUGUCUGUGUUGGAUUGGCAGUCACCAUAAUGGCCAUUAACAAGAUCAAGAGAUGGAUAUCCUCAAAAGAAGAUGACUCAACUCAGCAGGUCAUCGUUGAUGAUCCACUGGGCCCUUCUGAGGUACAAACACUACAGAAAUGUGCAGAAACCAGGACAGCAACACCCAAUUGACCAGCAUCUUAUAUGACAGACUGUAAUAUCAUAGGAUAAAAAAUAAAAAAAACAUUUAAUUUA